GUGCGCCACAGCCAUAGUGGGGCCCCGCUCAGGGCUGGACUGACCUCACCGCUGCUGCGGCGGCUGCGUGCAGCACCAGCCCCGCUCGGGAAGGCGGCUGCGGGGCCCCAGUGAGAGGGAUGCUCGCAGCCGUGCCGGGGACCGCCCCUGCGCCGCAUGCACAGCCCUGCAUGCCGGGGCCCAGGCGCAGAGCCGCACUGCGGGCCAGGCUGGACGCAGCAGCAAAGAUGCUCCAGCUGCCUCUCUCCUAGAGCUGAGUGCAGCCGGUAUGCCAUGGGGCGUCCCAGGGGCUGGCCAGGGACUGCCCUCGCCCGCCUGCUGUUGCUGCUGGGUGUCCCGGUGCUCUGCUCGGCAGGGCUGGGGGAGCUGGGCCCCACCAUCGAUGGGCAGCCGCUGGCAGUGUGCACGCUGCGGGAGGACGAGAGCCAUGCCUUCACCUGCCGGGCCCCCCGGCCAGCCCCUGGUGCUGCCCUGGCAUGGUACCUCGACGGCCGGAAGCAGGAGGCAAACUGCUCAGCCACCGGCACUGCCAGCACCCUCACCCUCACCGCCCGGCGCACCGACCGGGAGCUCAGCUGCUCCCUGACUGACCCGGCCUCUGGGGAGACCUACAACACAUCUGUCCUCCUUGACGUGCAGUAUAAGCCGGAGAUCCUGCGGGCAGAUGCCCGCUACCAGGAGGUCGAGGGCGCCGGGCUCCUCCUGGUGCUCUUUGUGCUCGUGCAAGCCAACCCGCCCGCCAGCGUCACCUGGGUGGACCAGGACGGGCGUGUGAUGGCCAACGCCUCCGAGCUCCUCCUCUUGGGUGCCACGCGCUACCCAGGACUGGCUAACCACUCGCUCCACGUCCACCUCGGUGCUGCGGCCGGCAACUUCUCCGUCAGUGCUGCCAACAGCGUGGGCAUCACCACCGCCUCCCUCCUGCCCCCAGGUCUGCUGGAUGCCCGUGUGGAGUUGCCCCUCCUGGGUGUUGCUGUUGGAGCGGCCCUGGCCCUGGCUGCCCUGCUCAGCCUGGGCUCCUGUGCCGCCUGCCUGGCGUGCCGCCGGGCCAAGCCGAUGCCGGGUAAGGGGCAAGCAGGAGAGAGCAGCCCGCCCAGCCCGUGUUCCCGCUGCAACGGCUCCGAGCAGCUGCAGCCCCGGGGCACCCAUCUGCCCCGCCAGACACAGUCGCUGCCGCCCAACCUGCGCCUUGGUGACCUCGUGCAGGGGGCUGGAGCUUCCCCCAAGGAUGCGGGAGCCAGUGCUGGGGGAGAGGAGAGGGCCCUGCCAGGGCUGGAGAACUCACUGGUCCUCAGCAAGCUCGGUGAGACAGGCUUUGUCCAGCUCCCGAUAUCUGGGCGCAUCUACAAAGUGCCCAGCACGAGCAGCGACGAGAUCUGGCUGUGAGAUGCGGCGCGGUGCCUGUGAGCCAGGGCUGUCCGGCACCAGGUAUGUAACCAGCCUCCAGAGAAGCACAGCACCAGGGUGCCCGGGCAGCCGUGCCGGGCGGUGGGCACCGGGCCAGCCCCCGGCUAUACGUUAAGCUACGCACCGCAGGUUUCGGUAGCUGUGCCGUUAGCCAAGGCAUGUUUUUAUGUAGCCCGUGCACUUUACAAAUAGACAAUGGUAAUAAUCAAAGCUGUUUAUAGCCAGGCUCUGCCAAGCUGCUAGUGCUGCAGCUCCUCCCGGGCGAGGCCAAGCACCAGCCUUGCUUUAGCAGGUUCGCUGCCUGAUCCUUGCCGCCCCUGCCAGAGCCGCGGCAAACAGGCGUGCAGGCAGCACAGCAGGGACCGGAGAGAGUCGUCCCAACGGCAAUAAACUAAACUCAAGUGUC